UUUGCGCGAAGGAAAAAUGACAAGUUUUAGUUCACAGGAAAAUAUCAAAAAGAAGAAUCAAAACAUUAAGUGCUAAAAUGUAGGUUCUUACCUCCUCCUAUAAUCUUCGUCGUGCCAACUCUCUCCGCUUUAUCCGGUAGCCUGGCCACCCACAAUGGCAGAAGACGAUGAAAACGAUGCCAUGAGCCUUUUCGACAUCGCCUGGGAGGACGUGCUGUAUGUAAAGUUAUUUCCCCUGUUGUCGCUAAAAGACAAGUUCAACCUGCGAUGCUGCUCGAAGCUGACCAAGUCGUUCGUUGACCACGGUUUCCGGCGAAUGCGGGAAGUUAAUCUGUCUGGUAACAACUCCCCCACCGUUGCCGUGGCGUUCGAAGUGCUAGCACGGAAUUGUCGUAACGUAAGGGUGCUCAAUCUGGCACGAUGCCACUGGAUCGACGACAGCAACCUGUUCCCGUUUCUACAGGACAACCACCGGUUGUCGAAAAUCAAUAUUAGCGACUGCCCCAAGGUAACGACCCGAUCGAUGCAGCCCGUCAUCAUUGCCUGCAAACAGUUGACCACGCUGAAGCUGGCCCAUUGCCACUGGCUUACGAUCGGGGCGAUCGAAGCUCUCACGCUGCAUCACACCAAAAUACAGGAGCUGGACGUGUCGUAUUGCGCUACACUGAAUGAGCGAUGCAUCUCGGUGUUUCUGUUGAACUGUCGCACCUUGAGGACACUCUCCCUGGCAAACGUACCGGCCGUAACGGAUAACUUGCUGUUUGCGAUCGCGAAACACUCGAAGCUGAUCAAACACCUUAACCUGAUCGGUUGCUACAUGAUCACGGAUCGCGGCAUUGGAGCUCUUGCACUGUGCUGCAAAGAACUAGAGUCGCUGAUGGUACGCGAGUGUCCACAUGUAACGGAGCGAAGCCUAGCGCUGAUUCGUGGCCGGGUGUUCAUCGAUCGACCACGACUGUUCCAACCCGAUAUGAACAUGGUUCCGAACAUGGGCAUUCCCCGGCUUUAUCUGCAGGUUUAGAGCAGGACAUCGUGAAAUUGAACCCUGGCACCGAUGAUAAUAAGAGCAGCUUCAAGAAGCGUGAUAACUGCUGUAGUUAACUGUUUCGUUUUAAAUAGAUAGUAAGAUGUUUUGUUUGAUAUUGGAAUAAAUGUAAUUUAUUGAUACA